UAAUGUCAGAUAGCAAUAAACUAGAAGCUCUCGGUCAGGCCCGCGGAAAUGGGCGAGCAUAAUCUCCUGAAUCCGGGUUUUGUGGGGCCGCUGGUGAACAUCCACACGGGAGACACCUUCUACUUCCCCAACUUCCGGGCUUCCGGGGGCCAGCUUCCCGGCUUGCCGUCGCUCUCCUACCCGCGGAGGGACAAUGUCUGCUCGCUGCCCUGGGCCGCCUCCGAGCCCUGCAACGGGUACCCGCAGCCCUACCUCGGCAGCCCCGUCUCCCUCAACCCGUCCUCCUUCGGCCGCGCCUGCGACCUGGCCCGCGUGGAGGAGAGCAAGUGCUACUACCGCGAGGCCUGCUCCGAGGGCGCGCCCCUCAAGCGAGAGGAGCGGGCAGGAGGAGGAGGGAGGGACAGCGGCGCCCUGAUGCCCCUCGAGCCCAGCGGCCUCUCGGGCAGCGGCAUGGGCGCCGUGGCCACCUUCGGCAAGUUCGACUACCCGGCCGUGGCCCCCGAGGCGCUGCCCCACGACCCCGCCUCCUGCCAGUCCUUGGAGUCCGACUCCAGCUCCUCUUUGCUCAACGAAGGCAACAAGGGAGGAGGAGGAGGCGCCGGCAGCAACGAGCCUUCCGCGAUGCUCUCCCCCUUGCACCAAGGAGGAAGCCUCUCCACCCCCGGUGCCCCCUGGUAUCCGAUGCACACAAGGUCUCGGAAAAAGCGAAAGCCCUACUCGAAGCUGCAGCUCGCCGAGCUGGAAGGGGAGUUCAUGGUCAAUGAAUUCAUCACUCGCCAAAGAAGGAGGGAGCUUUCAGAUCGGUUAAACCUGAGCGACCAGCAAGUGAAGAUCUGGUUCCAGAACCGGCGCAUGAAAAAGAAAAGACUCCUCCUGAGAGAACAAGCCCUUUCUUUCUUUUAAGCGCCAGGCAAGCCCGUAUUUGGGGGAGCCACAGAGACUCCAUAGCCUUCCUCCCAGCUGACGGUCCCGGGACUCUUACCUGUCUGGUUCCGAUUGAUAUUUUUUCUUUCUUUCUUUUGAAAGAAAGUCGGUAUCCUUUUCAGAAGCCCAACAGCGGGCGUUUGUGUGUAUG